UCAAAUAUCAUCCCUGCCAAUCAUCUAAUCCUUUCACACUUUCAUUCUUUCUUUGAUCAUUUUCUAAGCUCUAAAAUCAUCAUCAUGGGUGUCUUCACAUACACAGACGAGUCCACCUCAGUCAUCCCCCCACCAAGAUUGUUCAAAGCCCUUGUUCUUGAAGCUGACACCCUCAUCCCCAAGAUUGCUCCCCAAUCAGUGAAAAGUGCUGAAAUUGUUGAAGGAGAUGGAGGUGUUGGAACCAUCAAGAAGAUUAGCUUUGGUGAAGGAAGUCAUUACAGCUAUGUGAAGCACCGGAUCGACGGGCUUGACAAAGAUAACUUUGUGUACAGCUACAGUUUGGUUGAAGGAGAUGCUCUUUCAGACAAGGUUGAGAAAAUCAGUUAUGAGAUUAAGUUGGUGGCAUCUGCUGAUGGAGGUUCCAUCAUAAAGAGCACCAGCAACUACCACACCACAGGUGAUGUUGAGAUCAAGGAAGAAGAUGUUAAGGCUGGGAAAGAGAAGGCAACUGGUCUGUUCAAGCUUAUUGAGAACUACCUUGUGGCCAACCCAGAUGCCUACUGA